AUGAAAACCCACAUAAAAACUGAGAUUCCUUUUGAUGAAGGACCUUCUUCCAAAGGUUAUCUUCAAGAUUUUCACCAUCUUGAUCAUCAGUUUCAUGCAAAUGGGUGUUCCUCAAAUCCUAUAUUUGGAGUCCAGACUCCAUGUUUCGACUCUCUAGAUGCUUUCUCUGCACAUGGUUACUUAUCUUCAAACUUUGAUUUUUAUGAGUGUAAGCCGUUUGCUGAUAAUAAUAAUGGUGGACAUGUUCAAGUCAUGGACAAUUUUCAAAGCGGAGGAUACUUGGAGGAUCAUCAUCAAAUUAUGAAUCCCCUGGUUGAUGUGACGGGAUCCAAUCAGAGCCACAUGACGUUAAGUUUUCAAGAAAUAAGGCCUGCGAAUUUUGCAGUGUCAGAUGAAGUCUCAUGCGUAAGUGCAGAUAAUAUUAGUAGUUACUAUAAGAAAUCUGGGAUGAAUAAGAAUAAUAGGCCAUAUCUUUCGACAAGAAGGACACUGAAAGUAGGGAAGAAGUACAAUGUAGUGAAGGGGCAAUGGACAAUUGAUGAAGACAGGCUCUUAAUUAGACUGGUUGAACAGCAUGGCAUGAGAAAAUGGUCUCAUAUCGCGCAGAUGUUGCCUGGAAGAAUAGGGAAGCAGUGUAGAGAGAGAUGGCAUAACCAUUUGCGGCCUGAUAUCAAGAAGGAUACUUGGAGCGAAGAGGAGGAUAAGGCGUUGAUAGAGGCGCAUGCAGAGAUAGGGAACAAAUGGGCAGAAAUUGCAAAGAGGUUGCCCGGAAGAACAGAAAACUCUAUCAAAAACCAUUGGAAUGCAACCAAGAGAAGGCAAUUCUCCAAGCGAAAAUGUCGUUCAAAAAACCAGAGAGCCUCUCUUCUGCAAGACUAUAUUAAGACCUUAAAUUUUACUUCAACCUCCACCAAACAUCAGGCAAAAACUUCCUCCAGUAUUAAUAACAAAACCAAAUUAGUAUCAGACCAGACACCUGCUGAUGAUGCCUUCUGCCCGAGCGAUCACUUGGUCCAAGAUUUUGAUUUUAACGAAGUCCCGGAUUUUGAUUUUGAUGAUGAUAAGUUAUUUGAAGAAAACUGUAGCAUCGAUUCUCUUAUUGAGCAGAUGCCUUGCGAUCCUGUUGUUGAUGAUGAUGAUGAUGAUGAGAAAAGUUUUGAAAUGGAGUUGCCGAUAUUAGAUGUGGCUCCAGUUAUGGAAUCUCAAGUGAAGGAGGACCUGGAUUUGGUGGAGAUGAUUGCUCAAGCUACUAAUCUGUAA